GUUUCAGAUCUUCCUUUUUUCGUAAAUUUUUUUCGCCAGGAACUUUUGUAUUACGGGUAACAGAAGCUAAUGCAUCAUGUCGUCGUCGACGUCCAUGAUAGGUGGUGCCAUUUUGAUAGUGUUAGUUAUCGGCUAUAUUGUUCGGCAGUAUGGACUUCCACCGCCUGCACCUAAAAUAGCUGGUGUAGAUUUAGGAACAACAUUUUCUUCUAUAGGUUAUUAUCAUGCGGUCACUGGUAUAACAACAAUAAUAGCGGACGAACUCGGCAAGAAGUCUGUUCCCAGCGUUGUGGCUUUUCUGCCAAAUGGAACGGUAUUAGUUGGCACUCGAGCCGUGGAGCAGCAGGAGAAAAAUCCCUUACGAACUAUCUAUGAUGCUAAACGAUUCAUUGGACGAACAUUUGAGAAGAACAACGAGCAGUUCAUGGCUGACCAAAAGCGGUACCCUUUCGUUAUCAAUCUUGAUGACCUUGGUCGCGCCUAUUUUGAAGUGCCACUCGAUUCAGGUACCAAAAAGCUUUAUCCUGAAGAGAUUGGGUCUAUCAUGAUUGCUUACCUCCGAAAAGCUGCAGAGAAGCACCUAAAAGCUCCACUCAAACAAGUGGUGAUCUCAGUACCUGCUGAAUUUGGCGAAAGUCAGCGUAAUGUGACAGGAAAAGCGGCCUCAUUGGCGGGUAUGGAAGUUCGUCGAGUGAUUUCGGAGCCUACUGCUGCAGCGUUAGCUUAUGGACUGCAUAAAAAGAAAGGCGUAGAAAGUGUUGUAGUUGUUGAUCUUGGAGGUGGCACACUUGACGUAUCUGUUCUUUGGCUGCAAGGUGGUGUAUUUGUAACACAAGCUAUGGCAGGAAAUAAUCGUUUGGGAGGACAAGAUUUCAAUGAUCGGGUACAAAAGCGCAUCAUUUCGAAGGCAAAACUGCUGGAUGAAAUUGUUCUGGUUGCGAACAGCGAUCGAAAAACCAUCCGAGUAGAGAUAGAAACCAAGAAAACGCGACAUACAAACUUGAGAAAUAUCACCAUUGUACCCAUGAAGCUGUUGAGGUCAUCCCUUUUGAAAUGUGGAAGUUCCGGUGAUUUGUCUGAGUUGUUACAUAAGUCUUAUAAGGAAAAAAUACAGCAACGCUUGUUUGGUGGUAUAGAGCAGCCUGUUCGGUCAGCUCCAGCACACGCGAACCCCACACGUACCAUUGCAGAAGAGGAGCGUUGUCUCCUAUCUGAAACUUGUAUAGUACAUGGCGUUAGCAUUGCGAUUGCUCAAGUCCUAGGGGUCGUGCUAAUGGCCCACAUGAUCGCGAGAACUUAUCCUGUUCAACAGGUGGGCAUUAGCUUGCCACAACUUUCAGUCACACAAUUUCUCUACAAUGCUCAGCGCUAUUCUCCUUCUACAUAG